AUGGGAUGCUUCAAAUCCAAGUAUGCCUUUCCACAUUCAAAUGCUAUCCAGGAUGAAGAUAUUGGAGAAGUGUGCACUGGGGAGAAGGCAUCCCUGAUCACGGGGGUGGAUGUAAAAGGUCCACCAAGCAUCAUAGUGCAAGACUAUGCCGACCGCUUCUCCCGGGAGAUCCUGGAUCAGGCCAUGCAACAGCUGGCAGUGACUGAAAGCAAAUACAGUGACAUCCCUUACAUUGAAAGUGAUGUGCCCUGA